GUCGAAUUCAUGAUCCAGUAUAACUAGCGCGCAAGUAGAAAUAUUUUCGAUUGUUACAUAUGCUCUCAAUCUAGUUAUGACUGGAAAUGGUGAAUUUGAAGAUCAAAUUUGCUCAAACGGAUCGUCAUUUUGGGAAUGUAGAGCAUAUCAAAGAACAGUCAAACGCGUGGACGGUGCAAACAAAUUGUGUAGUGAAUUAUGCUUGAUGAUCCAGGAGCGUGCAGAAUUAGAGAAAGCCUACUCAUCUAAUCUUAAAAAGUGGUCUGCUCGCUGGCUCAGUUUUCUGGAUUCGGGUUUAGAGUAUGGAACUGGAUCAUGUCCCUGGAGAGGACUAUGUAAAGAAGCAGAGGCAAUAUCAAAUAUUCACCUAAAUGUACGCAAUAUCCUUCUGGAUGAAAUACAAACAGGUCUUAAGCACUGGCAAAAGGAACACUUUCACAAGAGUUCAUUACCACCACAAAAUUUAAAGGAAACAAAACAAUUUGAUCAAGAUUUCGAAUUGGCACAAAAAUUGUGGGCUAAACGUUUAAAGCGAGCGCAUUGCACCAAGAAAGAGUAUUAUCAGGCAUGUAAAACAGAAAGAUCGCUACAAGUUCAAGUUCAAAACGCAAAAAAUGACCCAAGUGGUACGGCUGAACAGCUUAAAAAGAUACAAGAAAAGCUUGCAAAAGCUGAAAAAGAUGUUCAACGAACUCGUAACGCAUACAAAUUAGCAAUAGCUGAAUUGGACACUGAAAGUGCUCGAUACGUUGAAGAGAUGACUAAAGUUUUUACUCGAACACAAGAUUUUGAAAGGGAGCGUCUUUGCUUUUUCAAGGAGACAUUUAAUAAUCUGCAUAAUGCUUUGAAUGUUUGUGCUAAAGCAGACUAUGACUCGAUCUACAAUGAAUUAGCACACAGUAUUUCACAAUGUGAUAUUGAAUCAGAUUUACAGUGGUGGUCAGUAAAUCAUGGGGUUGAUAUGCCUUUUGUUUUCCCGCGUUUCGAGGAAUAUUCACCAGAGCUUGCAGCUAUGUCACAUAAGAAACGUGGAACAAUAAUUGAUCAUGGCUUACCGGUAACUUUAACAAAUGUCACUACGAUUAGCAGUCCAGUCGACCGUCAUUCUACUGUCACUUCAACAAAUAAUUCUGAGCACAAUGAUGUCAGAUUGGAUAAUGGUGUUAUUUCAUCGCCUAAUGGACCCCAGUCUGUUAUACAUACACCUUUUGAUGAUAAAGCUUCUAAGAUGUCAACACCACCACCGACGACAACAUCAGCUGAUGGUGAUGGAAAUGAUGAAGUAGUCAGUUCAGGUGCUUGUGAUUCUGAAGUGAAUGAUGCGACGUAUGAUGAUGGUCGGCCAGGUGUAAAAGUACGCGCUCUGUAUGAUUAUGUUGGACAAGAGGACGAUGAAAUCAGUUUUGUUGCAGCUGCCGUCGAUCGCGCUUAUAGACUGCUACUGUGUGACAAGAGUUAAUCUGCACAGAUAUAAACAAACGUCUAUUACUGCGACCUAGUGUCAGUUUUUCCCCCUUACUGGUGAUCUAAUAACGCCUAUGUUUGAAUAAAUAAGUGUGGUUUUCUAACCAAGAAGAAAUGUGAUGUUGACGUUUAAAAAGUGUUAAUAGUUCACGUUUUACUUAUAGAGUUGAUUUUGAUAGUUUUUUUAAUUUAUUUUAUAGUUGACCAGAAUACAUAAACUGUUUGUUGCUUAAUUUUUAAUUUUUUUUUAAAAUUCGUCCCUUUUUAUUGUUUUUUAUCCGUAUAGGUGAUGUGUUUGAUAAACUUGAAGAAGCUGAUGAUCAAGGUUGGUGUAAAGGACGUAAAGAUGGUCGAGCUGGUUUAUAUCCUGCAAACUAUGUUGAAGUGCUACAUAAAGAAGACCCUUAAUCUCUCUUAAAAAAGAAGAACUAUUCAGCGUAUUCUUUCCAUGCCGUCUUUUUUUCUUUCUUUCUUUCUUUACGUCAUUUUUCUUUUCAUUUCUUUUUUUCAUUUUCAAGGAUUUUCUUGCAAUCCCACAGUAUAUGCUCUUUAUGUUAUAAUACACUACUGUUUAUUCCAGCCAUACAAAUUGUUGGAAGACACAGUAAUCUAAAAGCACCGGGAUUUUUUUUCUUUCUCUCUCUCUUUUUUUUAACGUACAUUUUUAUGCUGCAUAAUCAUCACCCAAUAUACACACACACAUGAAUGCUAAAUUCUGCCCUACUGAAAUUUAAAAAAAGUAAGUGAGAUAGAUGAGUUAUAUGUCACAUAAAUUAUUCCUUUAUGUGUAAAAUCACCAUUUUCUUUAGCAGAUUGUUUCUUUUGCUUCUCGUGGGUUCAAUGACAGCCGUAUCCUGUUGUUCUGUUGAACAUCACUUUCUUAUUUGUGUGUUUUCUUGUUAAAGAAACAUUAAAUGAGCUCUUUUUGGUUUGUUUAUUUCUUGCCUAUUCAUUUUUAAUAAAACAGAGGGGAUGAUAAAGGGGGAAAAACAGACUUUAUAUUUCUGUAAUAUUGUUGUAGAAUAUUGUUGUUUUUUUACCAAGCUUCUUAGUUCACUUCACUCCACUUCAUCCUACUUGGCUUUCUUCUGAAUCGGGUGAUUAUUAUUAUUAUUUACCACUUUCAUAAUGGUAUCUUCUCUUCUUCUUGUUGUUCUUCUUUUUUUGUCACUUAAUUUGAUUGUUAUUCAUUCAUUUAAUGCAUUUUCAUGUGUGUAUCAGACGACAGACACAAUAGACACAGUCUAGUUAUAUUCUUUGCCAAUUAUCCGAGGAAGAAUUAAAAACAACCAAGAAAUAAUAUAUACAUAAGAAGAAAGAGAAAGAAUUUCUAUACAUUUGGUUAGCUGAUCUGCACUAACGCCUAGUUUAUUCAUCAUUAUUUGACGCCUACUUAUGCAAUAGAGGUAGGAUUUAUCAUUUAUCGUGUAUAUUAAGAAGAAAAGUGUUUUUUUUCCACUAUGAAUUCAUCUAUCUCUGAUCAUUUUUUAAAAUUUCAUUUCACAUUCUUUUGCGUUUGUAAGUGUGUAUUUGUGUUUGCGUGUGUGUGUGUGGCAGAAUUCCAAACCGAUUUUCUUAUAUGUAACGUUACUUUCUCUUUCGUAGAGAGAUGUAUUUAAACCAAGCUCUUUUUAUGUUUUGCUGCUUUCAUCUCAUAUAUAUAAUAUUUCAUUUAUUUGAAUUGAACUCUGCGAAUAUACAUAUUUAUGAAAAUAAACAUACACGUCUUUAACAUGUAAGUAUUAUUUGUUCUUAGCCCCCAAUUUGUUUUUGAUUUUUGAAAAUAGAAGAACUGUGUUGAUAGUGUUGAAAACGAUUGAUUGACUAACUGACUGGUGGGUUCUCUGUCUGUCUGUUUUCGACAUAG